AUGGAUGUCUUCAUAAGGGCACUCCGUCGACCGUCUCAACCAACCCACGAAAUUCCCGAUGAGCGAUUCGCCAGGAUCGCCAAGCUGUGGCCCAACAAGAAGAAACUACCCUGGCGUCUGAUCGGCACGCUAUGGCACGACGCUGCCUCGCACAAGGGCGACAAUAUAUUCUCGGCUGCCCCCGAUGACGGGCCUCAUGCGAGAGCUUCGCCGGGAAGCCCGGUGGCAUUCAAGUGGGACUUGGAUGAGGAACGGCGUGGCCAAUUGAUCGAGGAGUGUUCUUCCAUCAGAAACUCAUCCAACUCCUUGUUUAAUUCUCACCACGGAGCUGGAGGCCACCAAAGCCAGUCCGGUGACGACUUCCCAUCAGCAGAAGUUCUUGACAUGAGCCUCGACCUUUUCUUCCGCCGUUUUCACCAAUUAUUACCCUUCAUCCAUCAACAAACAUUUACGGCAAAAUCAGCAAACAUCUCAGUAGUGAAUGCCAUGUGUCUGAUCGGACUCGCCCUCUUGGAUCCCCAGAACAAGAAAAGCUUCGUCACGAUGCAGCUGCCGGGAGCAAUCGAACGCUGUCGAGUGGAACUGGCCCGGCCAUGGAAAUCCCACGAGGCAGCUGAGCUCUUGUCAGCACUCGGUUGUAGUGUCCUGCUUCUGAGCCUGUCUACCACCGAUCCGGAACGAGUUCACGAUGAGCAGACCCAAAUGCUCUACAAUGAUACCCUCAUGAUGGCCUUGAAACACAACAUCUUUGCGGCACACGAAUCUACCCGUCUUUCAUCAACACUUUUUGAGCGAGGCUGGAGCGGAGAGGAAGUCUGGAAGGCCUGGGCGCGGAUUGAAUCCGUCAAACGUCUCAUCGUGGGCCUGAUCAUGAUCGAUUCCUUCUUCGCUAAUAACCUCGGAACCUGCCCCAUCAUCAAAAUCGAAGCCAUGCAGUUCUACGCACCCUGCACGGCGGAACUGUUCAAAGCACCCGACUCGCUCCGAUGGACGUCCCUCGUCAACGCUGGCUGUCAAGUCAUCUCACCCAUCCUUGACUUCCGCCAAUAUCCAGUAACCCUGCCUGCAGCCGCGGGUGCCAGCGUCCACGGCCUGCAUGGAGUGCUCGCGGCCGCCUGGCUACGCAUCGCUGAUGCCCGUCACCGACUGAAUACCGGUUCGGGACUGGAAGAAAACAAGCGGUACAUGAUCCCAGCGGAGCUGUACGCGAGAGAUGGCUCGGCAAAAGUCCUGACACCGCUCCUUAUGGACAUCUAUGCUGCGUACCACAAGGAACUAAACACGGUAAACCCCAACUGCCUGGUAUUUUGGCACAGGAUGUGUCUGGAUUUGACGGCAAACCUGAGCACCUUUGAACUCGCAGCUGGUAGGGGUGGACCGGAAUCUGGACGGGCUGCCCUUGCAGAUAUCAGUCAAUGGACUCAAACUUCUGCAGCACGCAGGGCCUGUUUGCAUGCCGCGCAAACUUUCUCUUGCAUGUCCCGCCGGAAGAUAUCAGACGGGACCAUGUUCGUUUCUGAGAUGGCCAUUUUUAACUCUGCUCUCGUGCUCGCGCUCUAUCUUUACAUGUUACCACAGUUGGAUGCCUCUGAGAUGCAACUUGCCCCCGAGCCCUUUGAACUGCUGGACAACGUCGACUGGAACCAAGUAGGGUACGCAGGAAUCAACUACGGUCAUUCAACGGCGGGCAUUCUUGACUGCCCGGCAAGGCGAUUCAUCAAGGAUGGUGGAACGAUAUCUUUUGGUGGGAUCAUCUACCCCGGUGGUUAUAGUUCCGCGCGGCGAAUUUUACUGGAAUAUUUGGACUUGUUAGAAGAGGUUGGGAAGUGGAACGUGACGAAUCUCUGUCGGAUACUACGCAUUAUGAGUGACAGCAUAACGGGGGAGACGGAACUCUCCCGGUUAGGGGAAUAG